AUGUCGGUCAAAUGUGAGAACUACCUUCGUGUGUACAGCGCCACAACUAAAGACGAGCUCAUCCAACUCAGCUUUCGCCAGGACUCCUUAUGCACCAUCCGUCAGCAAUUUCCAGCAGAGCUAGUUCCCCACAAGUGCGACAGCCAGUGGCACGGCGAGGUCCUGGAAUCCUGCAAUGAGACAGGGCUCUGGUCAACAGCUGACCCAGACAUCGCUGCUCAAUGCGAGAACAUGUCGGACAUCUCCCAGAGCGUGCGUGUCUGUCAUGAAAAAACUACUUUCCGCUACUACAAAAACAUUUUCUGUGCCAUUUGUAAUUCUGAUUCUAAUUUCCUUGACGAUUAUCUUUGCAACCUUCAGCAUGAAUUUCGAGGUUGUUGCUAUGAUGCAUUGACUCCUGAUUGUGUGCAUGGGAAUCUGGAAAGAAGAAAAGUUCUUCCAUUCUCAUUAUUGCUUGGCUCUCUUCACGGCAAACAUAAACCACUGUCACAUUCUGGAAUAAAGUUUAAAGACUGUCAUGUCACUGAGUGGUCUAGUCCAGACGGUACAU